CCUUUCUCGCUUUUUAUUUUUUUUUUUUUUUUUAUAAUUUGAAUUUUGUUGCUUUUGGCUUCAACAACAUUGUGAAAAAUACACAAACGGCUAUUAAAAAAUUCAGGAGUCUCUGAUUUUCUAUCAUCUCUCGGAAAGUUCCUCCAUAACAGAGACAAUAAUUUUUAAGAAUACAAUAGGGGGAAAAACGAAAAAGAAAGAAAAAAAAAAAACCCUCAAAUUGGAAAAAGCCAUGAAGUAUUUCAAUUCUCUUCCUCGUUUGGAUUAGGAAAAAAAAAGGGGGGCAAAAUAUAACUUGUCAAUGAAAAUGGUCCCAUUUCAUUGCACAUAAGAUGGAAUGUAUAGAAACAACAAGAAUAGGAAUUCUACCUUACAGCUUUCCCGUACACACGAUUGUUCCUCAAGCAAUCAAACUCCUGUUUGGCCAGUUUGAGCUGCAAAUAAAAUUGUUUGUUCAAAGAUAUUUGAGCUCAGAUUCAAGGGCCAGCUCUUUAUGAUCCCUGCCUUUUGGCUUUGCCAAGCCAUUUUGGAACCAUUAAGGGCUCAUUUCUUUGUAGUGUUUAAAUCUAUAGUUUUGAUUCUACUAUAGUGUUUUCUUCUCAUAAAAAAUUUAAAUUUCAAAUGUCAACAUUAAAAAUCACUGGUUAAAACACAUGAACUAAACGGGCCCAAAAAUAUGAGAUUUGAAGCAUUUUAACAUUCGCUCAAUACUAAAAACCAAAAUUCAAACUGAAGAGAUAUCGAAUCUCAAAUGUUUGGGUAACCACUUCCUUUAUUAAGAGUUAAGAAAAAAAUAAAUAAAAAAGAACGCAAAAAUAUGAACAGCUUCCUGGAAAGAUCAGGUUAUAUAGUUAAAAACAUGUUGCGAGACAAAACAAAAAAUGAUAUAUAUGUCUUGCAAAAUAGAUUAGGACGAGAAAAUCUUUUAGAUUGAUUUGUCAUCCAACGUGUGAAAAGAAUAUCGGCAUUAAACAAAAUAAAUGUGGCCUUCACAUAUUAGCCGUUGACAUGCAAGCUUAGUUGCUCCCACGUAUUAUAUAAUCUCAACAAAACUCUCACAUAACCCAAACAAGCCACAACUAUAUAAAUGCCACCCUCGUGCAAAACCACUCACCAUCAAGAAAAGCUUCCUUCUUCUCCAAUCAGCUCUAAUUAGUCCCUUAAGACCCAUCAAAGCAAAUGGCAAGAAUUCAGCUCAUAAUCCUCAUCUCAUGUCUCCUUCUCCUCCCAUUGGCCUUCCCCUCCAUAGCAGCCAAUGAAGAUGUCCCAACCAAGCCGGCGGAGAAUAAAGUCGACGUUGUUGUGGAAGGCGUGGUCUACUGCCAGAGCUGUGACCGGUUCGGAACAUGGUCUCUAACUGAUGCUGAGCCGAUUCCUUCGGCUAAAGUUAGUGUCAUCUGCAAGAACCACAGGGGUCAAGUCAGCUUCUACAAGGCUUUUGAAUCAGACAGCAAAGGGUAUUUCUAUGCCGAGCUCGAGGGCUACAAGAUAAGCCAUGUUCUGCUUGACCAUCCCCUCCAAGCGUGCAAAGUGAAGCUUGUCUCCUCUCCUAAUGCGAAUUGCAGCCUCCUUUCCAAUGUCAACUAUGGAAUGUAUGGAUCCCCUCUUCGAUAUGAGAAGAAGAGUUUGAGAAGUAAGAAUUACGAGGCUGUGAUAUAUGCUGCAGGGCCCUUGGCUUUCCGUCCUAAUCAUUGCCCUCCGACCACUCAUUUCUGAUAUUUGC